UACUUAUAUGCAUAUUACUGCAUAUAUAUGCAUGUAUUCGUUUGUUUGUGUAUUGAAAUAUAUAUGAAUAAAUUCAUCAAAUAUUACAUCGAAUAAUUAGAAAACAUUUAAAUUUCUAGACUGCUUGCUGCCAACCCUUCGAACUGAUAUCUGACUAAAGUUUCUACUUAAUCAAUAUGGAGAUAAAUUUUUCAAUAUUAAUUUUAUUAAGUUUUAUAUUUAUGGCAAUGGGAGCAGUUUUAAUGUUGCUAUUACAAUAUUAUGUGUAUGUAAAGCUAUCCUUGUUACCCGAACAAACGAGCGAGCAAAAGGACAUCAAUGCCAAGUACUCGUUACCCUCGGUUCUAAAUGAGACAGCACGUCAACUGAGUCAGCCGUUGACUCCAACACCCGCUAAUGUUAGCCCGACGGCGAGCCCGCAGCAACGUCAAACAGAUACAACGUCAUUGGUUUCGUUAAAUUUUGUUAUGCAGUUUUUGUUUCAUGAACUGAAAAAUUCGAAUCGCGUGAGAAAAUGGUUUUAUCGCAAACUUUCUUUGGAAUUGGACGAAUUGAUAGCCAAAACAACUACUGGGAAAUUGUUUGAUAAAUUAACAAUUAAAGAACUUGAAUUGGGCGAUCAAUUCCCCGAAAUUAAAACCUUAAGGGUUCAUAACGUUCAGCUGGAUGAAAAUGGUGGUAGAAUUGAAAAUUUGGACCUAUUACUUGAGAUUCACUAUAAAGGUAAUUUUCGUACCUCCAUCGAUGCGGACAUGGUACUGGCUAAGAAGGGCUCUUUAACGCUUAAAGUUAAGCAAUUAUCUGGCUUAGCUCGUUUGCAAUUUACGCGUAAUCCCUAUACACAUUGGUCUUUAAGUUUUCUGGGUGAUCCCGAAUUGGAUAUUGAUGUAGAAUCAAAAUACCAAGGCAGGCAAAUGCAAUCCAAUAUUACAAGUUUAAUAUCGAAUCAAAUACGUAAAGCUGUACGCCGCAAGCAUACUUUGCCGAAUUAUAAAUUGCGAUAUAAACCAUUUUUCCAUAAAACGCCCGACGAAGAGGUCUGUGAGGGAGAUAUACAACCGAAUGGCAUGUUGCAGGUAAAAGUAUCCGAAAUAUCAAGAUUAAUGUGUCCGCCACAUUUGAGUGAUAUUUAUUGCACAUUAACGAUGGCAUCAUUGGCAUUUGUGGAAGCUCAUCAAGAGGACGAUCGUCACGUAAUGGUAUCGUUGAAUGUCGAGAUACAUAAGGCUAAAAAUCAGCAAAUAGGUAUAAUAUUUAAACAAACAUCGGCUGAGAUUGUGGAAAUUGAGGCGGUUUUACCUAAUACGCCUGCUUUUAAGUCAAACUUAAAAGUGGGCGACAUACUGGUAGCCAUCGAAGGUAAACGUGUAUCCACUAUACAGCAAAUUGCCAAAGUUAUAAAGGCCAUGCAAACUAAUGUCUUUAGUUUACGUAUUGAUCGCGUAAUACCCGGAAUUAUACGUAAUGACGCAAUACUAGAAGAUUUAGAUUUAUACGAAGAUCUGGGCGAUAUACGGGUAGGGUAUACUCAUCAUCCUGCGAAGUCGAGCGAGACAGAAGUUAAUCAAAAAGUUGCUCAAGUUCGUACGAAUAUCGUGGAUAAGGGAACGUCUAGUGAAUCCAGUUUAAAUAACACACCCACCAGUUCUCCGAAGAAAACUAAAUUGAUAGCGAAAGCCCUUAAGAAAACUAUUAGCCGUGAUUAUAGUGACCAAUCCAAAGAUGAGGAUAAGGAAAAUAAGUUAAAAACUAAAUCUCUUGCCAAAUUAAGUACUUUAACUAAAAAUCCUGCCCGAAUUCUGGUCGAAAGCUUCAUAAAUGCUACGGGGGUCAAUGAUGUCGAGCAUUACUUUCAACACUCAACCAUCGAUUGCAAAUUGUCUCGCAUGAUCCAGAUGGAAGACUUAAGUCAAUUUAAAUUAGACUCGAUCUGUCGCUACUUGAAUAUAUGCGUUUAUGGCAAAUGCGUGGGAGAAAAUCAGUUAUUAGGUUUCACAAACGUUCCCGUAAAUCAGAUAUUAAUCGAAUGUUGUGAGACUAGUUUAAGUCAAAGCUUCAAAGUUUAUGAAUUAAAUCCACCCAUACCGCAAGAUUUGAAAAAUCAUCAUUUAUCCUCACAAUCUGGGUUUAAUCCGAAUCUAUGCUUCGGCGAUAUACUGUUGGCAUUUACAUGGGACGGUAAUCCGAAUAUGGCCAUCAAUUUGGAAACCCCGUCCAAACAAUCGGGAAAAAUUAAGGCUAAAUCUGUAACGUCUUUGGAUAAAACGGAUGACAGCGGCUAUUCGGAUAGCAUAUCUUUAAAAUCUAUGGAUACUUUGUCUGUGCAAUCGCGGGCUCAUAACUUUGUCCGCACUCAUUUUCAACGGGCUACUCAAUGUGAUUUCUGCGGAAAAAAAAUUUGGCUUAAAGAUGCUGUUCAAUGUCGCGAAUGUUUUAUGUCAUGUCAUAAAAAAUGCAUUAAUAAAUGUCAAAAUGCAACAGUAUGCGGCCCGGUUGAUUGUUCGUCCGCUUUACAGCAAACACCAGAAUUUAUGGUUACCGAACCGGAAGCGUCUGAAGCGACCGCAGAAUCGGAAUUAAACGUGCCCUUGAUACAAGAAAAUUUGGAGGGUAACGCCACCACAUCAGCUGCAACAGGCAAUUUAGAGGUACAUCGCUCAAGUUUGACCAGCUUUUUAGCACAAGGUAUGAAACGUGUCAAUUCCGCUAAUAAUCUGGCCAUACCUGGCUUGGUAGCUUCAUUAACUGUUGCAAGCUCUGGUGGUAGCGGUGGAACUGGUGGCACUUUAACUCCAGGAUCUAUAGCUAAAAGUUUACCACCAAGUCCCCAACACUCGCCAUCCAGGAGAGCUUCUCUGGUAGCAGCGACCACCUCAAACACAUUUGAACUGAUUACACAACAUUUAGAGGAUUUACCUAACAAUUCAAACUAUUUUACGGCAGAUCAGAUUAGUGCUAUAACUGAACAUAUUAUCGUAUUGUCUAAGGAAGAAGAUCUUAUGAGUUUGGCGAAAAAUGCCAGUAAAAAUUUGUAUCCUAAUCUUAAAGGCGCUGAGAGAGUGGAAAAAAUUAAUAUAUUGCUAACCAAACUACGUUUGGUGUUGGACAGCGAAACCGCUUCACAUUCUAGUCUAACGACUUCAAUAAAGAACGGCAGCCAUGAGCACAUUAUAAGUGAACAUUCCUCAAUAUCAACUAAUCAAAGUAACAUUUUAGGGAAAUCUGAAGAGCGUAUACAAGCCUUAAGUGUUAUCAUGUUAUAUUUAUGUACCGGUUUACAGCAUGCUCAAGGCACGCUGGCGGCGCAGUAAAAGGCAAACAAAUAAGAAAAAAAAAGUCUGAAAUUUCAAAAGUUUUAAGGAAUUUUCAAGUAGUCAUCUAAGAAUUAAAAAAAAGAGGAUAGAAAACAAAAAACGUUUAAUCAAAUUUAAAACUCAUACAUAUAGUAUUUACUAUUGAAUGUUAGAAUGUUAAGGAAAUUAUAUGCAAAAAACAAACAAACUAAUGGGAUAUAAAUGAGAAAUUAAUGCACCAAAAAUGUAUUUAAUAAUUUUUUUUUUUUUUUUUUCUUUUUCAAUUAAUUAAUUAAAUCCUGAUAUGCUAGUAGAGAGUAAUACAAACAAGUUCAAUUUGGUGUUACAUAUAAUAUAAAAAUAAAUUUUAUUUAUCGAUAUUAUAAGGCAAACGUAUUUUUAAGUAGGAACUUUGAGAGGAAAGCGAUACAGUAUUGAGAUAUUUAUUUAAUUUUUAUUCAAUCUUAUAUUAAAACUUUUUUAAAAGGUUUUAAACUAAUUACAACUAAUCUUAGAAUUUUAAUCGUUAAG